AUGUUAAAAGACCUUCACAAAAUCCUCCUCCAAAAAUCCUUCCUAGUCUUAAUAUCCCGCCCUAUCAUCGGUAACUCUGCAUUGCUUAGUGGAGAAGGUUAUGAUUCGUUUGAAAAAAUGGGAAGAGAAAAAGGAGCCCUUUUGAAUGCAAUGUUAGCCAAUGCUACUAAUGAUGUGCGUGCUUCGGUGAGGGCAACAACUAUUGAUGUUGAAACGUGCGAGAACGGGUUCAAGAACAAUAUUCCUGGCUAA